UAACAAUCAAACGCAUCAGUUAACCGGAAGUUGUCGUCAGUGGAAAAUUGAAAUUAGUUUCAGUCGCAAAUUUGCUUCAAAAUGGGCAUGUUUGACUUUGAUUUUCUGGAUGAUGUAAGGCGAAUGAAUAAAAGACAGCUAUAUUACCAAGUGCUCAACUUUGGUAUGAUAGUCUCGUCAGCAUUAAUGAUAUGGAAGGGUUUAAUGGUUGUUACAGGAAGUGAAAGCCCAAUCGUUGUAGUACUCAGUGGAAGUAUGGAGCCAGCAUUCUACAGAGGGGACUUGUUGUUCUUGACAAAUUACCGUGAAGAGCCAAUCAGAGCUGGAGAAAUUGUUGUGUUCAAAAUUGAAGGAAGGGAAAUACCCAUUGUACACAGGGUGUUGAAAGUUCAUGAAAAAGAAAAUGGUACAGUAAAAUUUUUGACCAAGGGAGAUAAUAACUCAGUAGAUGAUAGAGGGUUAUAUGCCCCUGGACAGUUAUGGUUAGAAAAGAAAGAAGUAGUUGGCAGAGCCAGAGGAUUUGUGCCUUAUGUUGGAAUUGUUACAAUAUUGAUGAAUGAUUAUCCAAAAUUUAAGUACGCUAUCCUGGCGUGUCUAGGCGCGUUUGUGUUGAUACAUCGAGAAUAACCUAAUUGACAUCCUAGGAUCUUACCUCGGCAGACAUCAAACAUUAUUUUUCUCAGUGCCACAUUUAUCACAACAGAUACAUACUUCCUCUACACCCCACUGUUCUGCAAUGGAGUCUUCCAAGUAGAAAUAUUGUAGAAAAAAGA